AUGGGAUUCUCCGACUUGCUGCACACCAUCGGCGGCAUGGGGAACUUCCAAAUCCUCCAAACUAUUCUCAUGAUGUUCCCUGCCAUCCUGAUCGCCUGUCACAGCUUCCUGCAAAACUUCACUGCCACGACCCCAGAGCAUCACUGCCGGCCAGCCAACUGGACCAAUGGGUCUCAUGUCCCGGAUGGCGUCGGGGAUGGGGACUUGCUCCAAGUCUUCAUCCCACUGGACAAGGACCAGAAGCCUGAGCGGUGCCUGAGGUUCUCUGAGCCCCAUUGGCAGAUCUUAAACCUCAAUGGCACCUCCUCUUUGAGCUUGGACACCGAGGCCUGCCUGGAUGGGUGGGUGUAUAACCAGACUGUUGGCUCCUCAAUCGUUUCUGAGUGGGACCUGGUGUGCGAGCACAAGUCACUGAAGUCCAUUGCCCAGUCCAUAUACAUGACGGGACAGCUGGUUGGAGCUACUGCUUUUGGCAUCUUCUCUGACAGGUGUGGACGCAAGACGGCGCUGCAGAGCGGGACCCUGCUGAUGAUCAUCAUGGGCACCAGCGCCGCUUUUGCGCCCAGCUUCCCCGCCUACUGCGUGCUCCGCUUCCUCAGUGGGGUGGCAAUGACCGGCAUCAUUAUCACCAGCCUCUGCCUCGCCAUGGAGUGGACCCCGACGCAGAGGCGGACGCUGGUCAAUAUCUACACCAUGUAUAUGAUCACGCUGGGCCAGGUGGUCCUCACGGGCCUGGCCUACCUCAUCCAGCAGUGGCGCUGGCUACAGGGCACCGUUUCUGUCGCCUACCUGAUUAUUCUUCUCUACUCUUGGUUUUCCACGGGCUUUUCCUUCUAUGGGCUGGGUUUAGAUGUGCAGAGAUUUGGGUUCAACAUCUACUGGACACAAGUGCUGUUUACAGUGGUGGAUAUCCCCACGAAGCUGAUGACAGGCCUGAGUAUGGCCUACUUUGGCCGCCGAAUCACCACCGUCUCCCUGCUGCUGGUGGCCGGUUGCACGAUCCUUGUCACUGCAUUUCUUCCUCAAGGCAACCAUAGCCCACUGCUACAGCCUGUGAUAUUUGGCCUGGUCCCUAUCGUGGCGGCUGCAGCAGGCUCCUUCCUGGUGGAGACGAAUAACCAGCCAUUGCUGAACACCAUCCAGGAGACAGAGAAGAGGUAG